CUAGGAGAGACGCUUUAUGCCCACACUGGAAGCUAGAAGUUGCGGUCGCUGUUCUGAGAAUUUUCGUCAUUAAACAGUAACGUCACCACUCAACCGAGGAAAACUACAGCGGUAUUUAAAUAGACCCAGCACUGACUGUCCUGCUCCAUUGGUGAACCAGAGUUCCUAUCCAGAUAGGAGCUCCGGGGACAUGGCGGUGUAUUUUGACCACCGUAUCGAAGCCCCUGAAAGCAGCGAUGUGCCCUCUCAGUUAUGUUGGCACUCGGCUCUCCCUGUCCUGGCUGUGGCUUCAAGCAGAGCUGGCUCUGGAGGAAUUCUAGACCUUUACCUGCAGCAGGGAGAGUAUGUGGAGAACUGCCAUCUAGAACGCCCUCACCAGCCCACAGUGCUGCGCUGGCAUCCUACAAAGCCCGUGUUGGCAUUAGGCUGGGAGAACGGCGAGGUAGUGCUAAUGACACACCCCUCUGGAGAUCUAACUGUCCUCCCCAGCACGCAUACAGCUUCCAUCACGCUCCUGGAGUGGAGCAGUUCAGGCAGCCGCUUGGUAACAGGUGAUCUGACUGGAACUCUAGCAGUAUGGAAGGUAGAUGCAAGAGGGAGACUUCAAGGAAACCAUCUGGCAAAGCAUGAAUACAACAAAACAUUAACUUGCUGCAUCUUCAAACCUGCCAUACCUGGGGAUGAUGUGGCUAUGCUGGCUCGGGCAUCUGUGAGCGGCGAUGAGAGUGCUCUGGACAUGUUUAGCUGGAAGGGAGCUCCUCUCAAGAUGGGCCCACAGGAGGGGCUUGCGUUCUAUGUCAGCACAGCAGAUGGAAAGGUCCACAGUGUGGAUGAGCAGUGUAAGACAAGCACACUUCUUAGUGUGGAAGGCGCAAUCAAGAAGCUCUUCUACCUUGAAAAGAGAGAGACCCUGAUUGUGAUCACAGAAACCCUGAUGCUGUCACAGUACAGUCUGGGGCCUGAGGGAGGAGCCCAGGAAUUCAUGAAGGUGAAGUUGAGCAGCAGGAGUGGACAAAAUGUAGACAUUGUGUGGACAGACAGCCUCCUCAUCACUGCAGCAGGAGAACAAAUUAUAAGGCUAUGGGACCUGCAUCAAGAUGACAACUAUGUUUUGUCACUGGACGAGUCUCUGGGUUUUGAGCGAGGAGAGACGAUAAACUGUGUAUCAUACUGUGCUGGAAAGGAAAUCCUGGCAGCUGGCACCAGCCAUGGGCGCAUAGCAUUGUGGAGGAUGGUGAUGCAGCCAGGUAGUAGAGGUGACAGCAAGGCCCAGUGGAAGCUACAGACCCCCACUGAAAUAGAGGGACAUGUCACUCAGUUGCAGUGGGGUUCCAGUCUGAAUCUGCUGGCGGCAAACAACUCAAACACUGUGCUGAUCCUGUGUGAGCAUGUGAUGUGUGCACACUUCAGCCAGCAGGUGGCAGCAGUGCAGCUUACACCAACGCAGCUCAGCAUCACUCACUUUGCGACAGGAGCACAAUCUGUUCUUCAGUCUGACAUGCAGAUCAAGGGCGUCUGUGCUACCAAGGACACAGUGACAGUAUGGAGUGGCAAGCAGGUCACUGUGUAUGAGCUUUCAGGCACAGGUUUUAGGAUUACAGGCUCGUUUACCUGUGACUCCCACGUAGUAGCUGUACAUGGUGAGAACCUGUACACUGUGGAACCUAACAGGGUACAGAUCCGUACGCCACAGGGCACUGUGAAGCAACUGCUGACUUUCUCCAAGACAGAGGGCAACCCUGUGCUACUCAGUGUGUGUCAGUCUUACCUGGUUGUGGGCACAGACACGGCUCAUAUCAGAGUCUUCGACCUGUCCCGAAGAGAUGCCAAAGCUCACUGCAGUGCUAAAAGCAUGACUGAAGAGAUUGCCAAUUUAGGAGCCUUGAGGUCGGUCAAGUGCAACGCCAAUGGCAGCCAUGUCAGCAUCCUAAUCUCUCAGGUUAAUGGAAGACCUGAUCAUAAAGUAUACUUUUAUGAUGUGGAGAUGGAUACUGUGACACACUUUGACUUCUUUACUGGCAGACCAUCCAGUGGCAUCCUACAGCCAGAAGAAAGUGAAAGACCACAGUUUCAGGGGACAGAGCUCGAUGGCCGAUGCCCUGUUUCUCACUUCUGGGAUGAGAGUGAACCUCGCCUUUUUGUUUGUGAGACGGUACCAAUCAGCUCUGAGUCAACAUCCAUUAGUCACUUGGAUACGGUGAACGUGUCAGUGGUGACACUUUUCUGCACACAGGAGCACGGGCUUCUCCUACAGGACUGUUAUGCCAAACCUGCAGGCCUGCAAGCUCUUCUUGCUCUUGAUGUGCCUUUCUAUUAUUUCAGUUGUAAGCCCGGGGAGAGAGAAGAGCCUUCCAGAGGGGCACCUGCCCAGCCCCCCCAUAUGGUGUCCAGGCGAGCUCUCAGGGACUUUGUGGGCUUGGAGAACUGUGAGACGAGCACUCGCGAUGCUAUGCUCAACUUCAGCUUCUACUUGACUAUCGGCGAUAUGGAUGAAGCCUUCAAGUCCAUCAAGCUCAUUAAGAGUAAAGCCGUUUGGGAAAACAUGGCACGGAUGUGUGUGAAGACCCGUCGGCUGGAUGUGGCACGUGUGUGCCUUGGGAAUAUGGGAAACGCCAGGGCAGCAAAAGCACUGAAGGAGGCGGAGGCUGAGCCUGAGCCAGAGGCCCAAGUGGCGAUGCUGGCCAUUCAGCUCGGUAUGCUGGAAGACGCAGAGAAGUUGUACAAGAGCUGUCAGCGCUAUGACCUGCUGAACAGUUUCUACCAGGCUUCUGGCCAGUGGCAGCAGGCUCUGGAGACAGCUGAACUCCACGAUCGCAUCCACCUGCGCACCACCUACUACAGCUAUGCCAAAUACCUGGAGUCCAUGGGGGACAAGAACAUGGCCAUCUUAUAUUAUGAGCAGUCGGACACACACAGAGCAGAAGUACCCAGAUUGCUCCAGGAUGACACAACAUCUCUAAAGAUAUAUGUUGAUAAAAUGAAAGACAAGAACAUCUAUAAAUGGUGGGCCCAGUACCUGGAGAGCCAGUCAGACAUGGAUUCAGCACUGAAAUUCUAUGAACGUGCUCAGGAUUAUCUGUCCCUAGUUCGAGUCUACUGUUACAUGGGGAACAUUCAAAAGGCAUCAGAGAUCGCCAAUGACACAGGAGACAGAGCAUCAUCAUAUCACCUGGCCAGACACUACGAGGGUCACGACGAUAUCAGACAAGCUGUACACUUCUACACACGAGCCCAGGCCUACAACAAUGCCAUACGACUGUGUAAGGAGAAUGGUCUAGAUGACCAGCUGAUGAACCUGGCUCUGCUCAGUAACCCAGAGGACAUGAUGGAGGCCGCCUGUUACUAUGAAGAGAAAGGCACGCAUAUGGACCGAGCUGUGGCACUUUACCACAAGGCUGGUUACUUCUCCAAAGCUUUAGAGUUGGCCUUCGCCACUCAACAGUUAUCUGCACUUCAGCUGAUUGCAGAGGAUCUAAACGAAAACUCUGACCCAGCUCUUCUGGCUCGCUGCUCUGACUUCUUCAUCACACAUGCCCAGUAUGAAAAGGCUGUAGAGAUGCUGGUGGCAGCUAAAAAGUAUCAUCAAGCCUUGGAGCUGUGCGUGACUCAGAACCUGACUAUCACAGAGGAACUAGCAGACAGAAUGAGUGUAACUGAGUCCAAAGAUUUGUCUGAAGAGGUCUGCAAGGAGCUGCUGGAGAGGAUAGCUGACUGCUGUAUGCGUCAGGGCAAUUACCACCUGGCCACCAAGAAAUACACUCAGGCGGGCAACAAGCCCAAGGCAAUGAGGGCGCUCCUCAAGUCGGGCGACACAGACAAAAUCAUAUUCUUUGCAACUGUUUGCCGUCAGAGGGAGCUUUAUAUCAUGGCUGCCAACUACCUCCAGUCUUUGGACUGGCGGGACAAUGCAGAGAUCCUGAAGACGAUCAUUGGUUUCUACACUAAAGGCCGAGCACCGGACCUGCUGGCUGGCUUCUAUGAAGCCUGUGCUCAGGUGGAGAUUGAUGAUUACCAAAACUAUGAAAAAGCUCUGGAUGCUUUAACUGAGGCUGCCAAAUGCCUUUCAAAAGCAAAAGAUUCUUCUAGUGGACAACAGGAAGUGAGGCUGGCUAACCUGCAGCAUAAGAUCACCCUGAUCAAGAAGUUUGUAAAUGCACGCAGAUUGUAUGUGGAGGAUGCUGUUGAGGCGGUGCGGUUAUGUGAAACCCUCCUGGAGGAGCCUGAUCUGGACCCUGCUGUCAGGGUUGGGGACGCAUAUAGUUUCCUGGUGGAGCACUAUUGUCAGCAAGGCAACUACCAAUUGGCCUACCACAAACUGGAGGAGCUGCAGAAGCUUUUGCCAACGCAGAACGUUCGCUACUACAUUAACCAGACCAGCCUGGAGAUUCUGCAAAAAGAAAUGGGUCUGCAGAUGGAUCAUGGGGACCCUCAACACACUGUGAAAGAGGAUGAUGAGGUGGAGGAAGACUUAAAUAUAUCUUAACUGAGUCUCAACAUAUGGAUUUUUAGUUUUUCGAACAGAAAAAAGACCGUAAGUGACUGUGCAGCUGGUUUUGUCCAGAACAACAAAACCAAAUUUAAAAUAUGAUUUAAAAAAAUGGUAUUCAAAAUAAAGGCUCAAGGAACAAAAUCAAAACUAGAGGAUCAAGCUCUAGAACUCUAGUUUGUCCUUUCUGUCUAGAGCUAGAAUUAUAUAUAAUUGAAUUUUUCAGAUAAAUGAGCCUUGUUUCGUUGCAUAAUGCAGCUUUUUUGUUAAAACCAAUAAAUCAUAGACUUAAAAACCGAUGCCUUCCACUGGAUUGGUACGUUACAUCUGGAUCUGAAUGUGCAAUUUGGCAGUUUGGUACAAUUUAUAUUUUGCAACUAUUGUAUUAUUUGUAAAGCUCACUGUCCAAAUGUAUCUGUCGAAAGUAUUAUGCAGCCAUUUUUUAGACACUUUCCAUAUAUCCAUACAAUAUUGUGAAUAAAUGUUUUGCAUCAUCAUGGUGCAUUGUUGCAUUUGCAUUGUACAGUUUCUAUAAUAAAGUGUUUUGCAUUUAAAUUUCACUUUAUUCCUUUUGAGCCUUAA